AUGCGAUCUGUCUCCACGGCGUUGAAGCUGCGGCCGCGCAGUGCUGCUAGAAAGCUGCAGCAUCUUCGUUCUCCACAGACCAUCAGCAGGCGUGGGUUUGCAGCCGUUGCAGAAGGCGCCAGGACGUUCGAUGUUGUCGUGGUAGGAGGUGGCCACGCGGGUGCGGAAGCAUGCGCCGCCGCCGCCCGAGCUGGCGCGCGAACAGCUCUCGUUACCCCCAAAAUAGAGAAUCUCGGCACCUGCUCCUGCAACCCUUCUUUUGGAGGCGUUGGAAAGGGAAUAAUUCUUCGUGAGAUUGACGCGCUCGAUGGGCUGGCCGGCAGGGUCAUAGACAAGGCCGGUGUACAGUUUAGGGUCCUGAACAGAGCCAAGGGUCCUGCGGUAUGGGGCCCUCGAGCGCAAAUCGACCGAAAACUCUACCAGAAACACAUGAGGGAAGAGCUGGAGACAUACCCCAACCUCUCAAUCGUCCUCGGCAGCGUGUCCGACAUCGUCACGAGCGCAAACCCAGACACCACGGGCUCUGCCCCAAGCAAGAUCACGGGAGUCCGACUUGAGUCUGGCGAGGUACUCCCGACGAGCGCCGUAAUCAUAACAACCGGAACGUUCCUCAGCGCCGAGAUCCACAUUGGCAUGAAGGCGUACCCUGCAGGGCGCAUAGGGGAAGAUGCGUCCUUCGGCCUGAGCAAAUCACUGAAAGACGCCGGCUUCCGCCUCGGGAGACUGAAGACAGGAACUCCUCCACGUAUCGCCAAAGACAGUAUUGACUACACUCAUCUCGAGAGGCAACCAGGUGACAACCCGCCGAUGCCGUUCAGCUUCCUAAAUGAGCGGGUCGCUGUCGAGGAGCAGAUGUCAUGUCAUGUGAGCUACACCAACGAGAAGACGCACGCGAUUGUGCGUGACAACCUGGAAAAGACCAUCCACAUCCGAGAAACUAUUAAAGGCCCGAGAUACUGCCCGUCGCUGGAAGCCAAAAUCGUUCGGUUUUCCGACAAAGAUAGGCAUAUUGUCUGGUUAGAGCCCGAGGGGUUCGAUAGCGACCUCGUCUACCCUAACGGAUUGUCCAUGACUGUGCCACCCGAGGCGCAGGAGCAGAUUCUGCGCUCCAUUCCAGGGCUGGAAAACUGCGUGAUGACACAAGUGGGCUACGGCGUCGAGUAUGACUACAUUGAUCCCCGAAGCCUCAAGGCAACGCUCGAGACAAAGAACAUUGCCGGUCUAUUCCUAGCGGGCCAAAUCAAUGGAACCACCGGUUACGAAGAGGCUGCUGGGCAAGGGAUUAUCGCCGGCAUUAACGCUGGCCGAUCUGCGCUGGGUCUUGCCCCAGCCGCAGUUUCAAGAGCGGAUGGUUAUAUCGGCAUCAUGAUUGACGAUCUCAUUACAAAGGGUGUCACAGAACCGUACAGGAUGUUUACAACCAGAAGCGAAUACAGGCUGACGUCGCGAGCGGACAAUGCAGACCUUAGGUUGACCGAGCAAGGACGGAAGUGGGGCGUCGUGUCGGACGAGCGAUGGGCAGCCUUCAGUGACGAGAAACAGCAAAUCAGCGACCUCAUGGCGCUGCUAUCGUCGACGAGCAAGAGCAGCCCAGAGUGGUUGAAGCAAGGAUUCCAGGUGAAGGAGGAUGCCACCCGACGUGACGCGACCGAUAUGCUCCGGCUGCGCAACAUAACCAUGGACCAAGUCGCGGCCGCGGUGCCCGGUGUUGAGGCCUUCCCCGAGCGCAUCAGGUCUCGCGUGCACAUCGAGGCCACGUAUGCGCCCUUCAUCAAGCGCCAGCUCGCCGAGCGUAAGGUCUUUGCCCGGGACGAAAGCCUGCGGCUGCCAGCCUGGAUUGACUAUGACAAGGUUCCUGGGUUGGCCAUGGCCGAGAAGGCCGUUCUGAAGGCGACCAUGCCCGAGACUCUGGCUCAGGCGAGGCGGCUAGAAGGCAUCACGCCGUCCGGUUGUGUACGUUUGCUAGGCUAUGUUCAACGUCAACAGCGGAGCACAGCGAUGGCAAACAUGUCCAAGUCAUGGCGGACGAACAAAGAGGCCUCUGAAGGUAAGGGCAUCUCUCCGGUUCCGUAG